CCCUGGUGCCGGUUUACGGAACUAAGUUAGUUUUUUUUUCUUUUAAAGGAAAAGCUUCCAUCUUUUUGUUUUAAUGUCACAGUGCGAAGAAACGACUCAUCCAGAAAGUCUUCUGGUUGAUACAGACUGUCAAGAUUUACCGGAAAAACGUAAAGGAGGAUGGCCAAAAGGACGAAAACGAAAGACUAGACCACGAGAUGUUAAUGCCCCAAGACUACCUCUCACGGGAUACAUUCGAUUUUUAAACGAAAACAGAGAAAAAGUCCGACUAGAAAAUCCGUCUGCCUCUUUUUCUGAAGUGACUAGAAUUUUGGCCGGAGAAUGGAGUAAAUUAUCAACUAAUGAGAAGCAGAGGUAUUUAGAUGAAGCUGAAAAAGAUAAAGAAAGGUAUAUUAAAGAACUGGAAAAAUACCAACAAACUGAUGCAUAUAAGAUAUUCACUAAACAGAAACAAGAAAAAAAGUGUAAAGAUAUGAUGGAUGAUACUCAAGGAAGUUACUCUUAUCAGUCCUCAACAAUCGAGAUGUUAAAUCCUGAAGGUGGUCAUGACGAAGAUAUUCCAGGAUUCGAUAUUCCAAUAUUUACAGAAGAAUUCCUGGAUCACAACAAAGCUAGAGAAGCAGAAUUGCGACAGUUGAGAAAAUCGAACACGGAAUACGAAGAACAAAAUGCGAUACUGAGUAAACAUAUUGAAAAUAUGAAAAUGGCAAUUGAAAAAUUAGAAGUUGAGACACUCCAACAACGCAACAACAGCAAUGCCUUGCAGCAACAUUUGGGAGAACUGAGAUCUACAUUGGCUGACAGUUUCUCCAAUAUACCUUUACCUGGUACAAACGAAGUUCCCACCAUCGAGACAAUUGACAUGUACAUGACAAAGUUACAUUCGAUGAUACUCGAUAAUCCUCAAGAUCACGAGAACCUAAUUUCAACUGUCCGAGACAUUGUCGGAAGAUUGGAUUAUCAAGGAUAAAUUUUGUAAUUUAAUUAACGGAAAUUUCAAUAUUUUUAUUUUCAUUUUCGUGUGUCAAAAAAUAUGUAAUUAAUAGAAAUGCAUUCGAGAGUUAUUUACAGUUUGAUCAUCUAGAAUGUAAGAAAAUUAUUUUUAUCUCAGUGUUUCAUAGUUCCUAUAAGAGAAUUGUUUUAUUUAACUAUAUUUUUACAAAUUUAUUCAAAUUCUAAUAAUUAAAAAUGAAGAAUUUUCAUCUAUAUUUUUAAAAUUGAAUAGAUAAUGUUAACAGUUUAUCAAAUGGAUGUUUUGUGCUGCUUAAUGUCAUGCAGUCCAGUGUGCCAAUACUAAAAGAUAUACUUUGUAGUAAACACUUUCUGAUUUUUUUUUAAUUUUAUACAGUAUUUUUUUUGUAUAAUAAUUAACACAAUUUAUCAUUUGUAUAUUUUUAUACCAUAUUUGGGAGUUGAAAAAUUUUCACAUUCAAUUGUAAUUAAUUUUUGUUAAAAAUAUUUUAUAGCAAAGUUUUAAGGUGAGCGUUGCUAACAUUUGUUUGAAACUCUGUUUUAACUUUUUUAUCGGUUUAGUAUUUUCACUGAAACUGAAAAGAAUUUAAUUUAAUUUAAUUACACCAGUGCUUGGUUAUAAAGUUUUGUAAAUAGUAGUUUUAUUUAUAUCUUUGUAGCCUUGUCUAUAUCUUUUAGACAUGUUAAGCAAGUGAUUUAUUGCUUAACAAUCCACAACCUUUAUACACGUUCAGUUCUUAAUUUUAUUGUCGGAGACGAGUUGUAAUGAUUGUGAUUUUAGGAACGAAAGAUUGCGUGUAAUGUAAAAUUACCAAAAUGUCAUUAUUUGGUUAUGAAAUUUGCACACAGAUGCAAACAAGUGUUUAAUAUAAUGAUAUCUUUACUCACUCAGUCAAAAGCUUUAGUUUCCCCAGAUAAACUGGGCAAUUGCAGAAGUAAGCCUGGACAAAAUUUUGUGAUAGAGAGAGUAUUAGGCAAUAGCAAACAGUUUUUCAAAUUACUGUAGUGGCAUUUUGAAAUGAUUUAAGGAGAUAUACUAAUUAUACCGGAGUGCUUCCCGAUGCCAAAUUGCAAGCGAGAAUGACUGGCCGUUGUCUACGAGUGCCAGUCGAUGAGGGUGCAACAAACUGACUUCUCUGAUUUUCAAAAAAAUCGUGUUUCUUCUAGCGAAAACUUAAUCCAUGUGGAUCUGGGGUACUAACACUCUCGGUGAUUAAGUCUGUUACGUGUCAAGUCCUUUUGUGGAUGCAAGAUUAACUUAAUUUGUGUUAAGUGUAUGUCUAGAAUUACAUUGACAGGUGACAGCGUAGUGCACAUCCUGUAAAUAGUUUUGGAAAGUAUGAACAUUCGGUUAAUUUUAUUACAUCUGUAUAUAUUUAGCAAUAUUUUGUAUAUAGUCAAACUUGAGUUUUUAAUUGUGAUCACUUUUCUAAUUUAAUUUUUUUCGUAAGAUUUAAUUACGUUCCACAGACAUUAAAUUACAGCCUUUUAAUUUAUAUCCCGUCUUUAGCUGUAUUGAUGAUUUUUACUAUUUUUAUCAUAAAAACUUUAUAACUUUUAAGACAAACCAAAAGGGAACUUAUUGAUUGUUUAUAACUUUUUAUUUGAUAGUUUUUAUAUAUGUUUCUGUAGAUACUUACUGUAUUUCAUGUCAGGUACUCAUUUGUUACAUUUACUUUCAUGUGAAACAGUUACAUUGCAUUUUAUUUAGAGUUUAGUAAGUACUUAUUAUGAAUUUCUUCUAUACUUGUAGUUAUGUGAUUACAAAUAAUGGGCGAUCAAACAAAGGUAGGACUCCCAUGAAAUAGUGCGAAGAGUUUGGCUACCUUCAGUUUGUAGCAUUUCCAAACUCUCCUCUGCUAAUACUCGCGAGUUUUCCUUUCGUUUGAUCACCCCAUAUAACUUGAAACUAAUUCUUGACAAAAUUCAUUUUAUGUUUUGAUUACGUAUUAUUUUUUAAGGUUUUUUUUUUCAAUGUUUAAGUAUUUUAGUAAACAAAUUAUUAAUUAUAUCAAUGCUGAAGAGUCACAAUCGUGACCUACAAAAUUUAAAAAAAAAAAGUUAAAAAAAAAAAUAAAUAAAUAAAAGAGUAAAAUGAAAACUGCAUACUAGAGCAAGGAUCAAAAUCUUCAGUUUCAAGUCAAGUCAUGCAAUUUCGUAUUUAAAAUUUGUACAACUCUUUCUUGUAAGUCGUUUCGUCUGUGGCAAAGACUGUUGAUCCUUGAACUAGUUAUCAAUUCAGGCUACAUUUACUUAGACCUUUAUUAUGGUUUACUGUGCUAUUUAAAGUUUAAAUUACAGCAAUUCUAGUAAAAUUUUAAAAGAUUUAUAAGAAGAAACGAUAUCUGAUUCAGAAUUUUCAUAUUUUCUAAUAAUGUCGUGAGAUUGGCAAAUGUUUCUAGUGGGCAUUUUAAUUUUAUAUCACUUUAUAUAAACUACACAUUGUUGUAACGGUGUUAAUUCUGUAUGAAAUUAUUGCAGAUUCACUUUAACAUCCAGGCAAUUUUGGCUACUUUAGACCUCUUGGAAGGACCUACAUCUCAUUUAGCUAAAUGUUCAUGUUAAAUAGUAAAAUAUUAAACAUAGUGUAGAGUAUAUAGUAAAAAUGCUAUAUCCUCUUAAAAUUUAAUCAAUAAUUAUAUAGAAAGAAUACAAUUUUUCGAUGCUCAUGUCAUGAAAAAUAAAAGUAUGUUUCGGAAAGCUUCUUGAUAACAUAGAAAUAUAAUAAAAUAAAUAUUUAUAGAACCAUAUAACGAAAGCAUGCGUAAUUUUGCAGGUGCUUUUGUGCUUCACGUUACCAAAUACUGCCGUUACAAUAAUGUGCAGUUUCAGGGUUAUAUUUAGCAUGGGGAUGGUCUAAUUUAAAAAUUUUUCUACUACUUUAAUCAUUAUGUAAAUAUAGAUGCACUAUCAAGUGUGUAUAUAUUUUUUGGUUUUGAUUUAUAUUGCAAAUUUUCUCGGUAGCCCUGCAGAGAGCACACAAUUUCUUAUAUUAUAGUCGUUCUAGGUGUUUCACAAAAAAAAAAAAAAA